AGCAUAAGAUAAAUAUAUACUACUACAAAUUUAAGUGCGAUAAGUUUAUAGAAAUGAUACUACUGCGCAUUGGUCUGUUUUGUGCCCUGCUGACCUCUAUGGCAGCAUAUCCGCUGGAAGCUCAAGUGAAGCCCGAACGAAAUGCUAAAGUGGAACCGGCUGAUUAUCCCGAUCUAACAGAUGGUCUCACUGAUGCUGAGGUGGAGUCCACACUCAAUGGCCUAUCCCUAGACGAUUUGAAUGAGUUGAAUAAACUGCUGGAUGAUGCAGGCGAUGGACCAUUUGACUUGCAGGCAAGCCUUAGGGGACACCAUAAACAAGCCAAGAAGCAACAUUACGCCGAUGUGGACAGUGUGGACGAGGACUUGGAAAGUGCCUUGAAGCCGGACAAGCUGUCGCUAGACGAUGGCUGUCACGACGACGACGAUGACAAGGACAAGGACGAGUGCACCGAACGACCCAAAUGUACCGAGCGACCCAAGUGCAGUAAGCGACCCACCACACGGCGCUGCACCACUCGCAAGUGUACCACCUUAUGCAAGUCCCUGGAUGGCUUUCUCGAUAUACAUUUGGAUGAAGCCAGGUCGGACAGCAGCGGUGCCAAAUUGAAAUGCAAAACUGUUGAGGAAUGCGAUCCGGAGGAUAUGAUGUGCCUGCAGCGCCUGCAGCACAGGUCGAAGCAGAGGCCAAGCAUGAAUGACUUUGCCGAUGUGGGCGUGGAUCACAUGCCCGGCGAAAUGGGCAGCCUGGAGCGAUUGGCAGCUCAGGCACAUCGCGAUGACGUGCUCAAGUUUAGCAAGCAGCUGGAGGACUGGAAUGGCAAGGAAGACAUCUUGCCGGGCAUGUCGAAUAUGGACUAUGACAAGGUGGCCACUGCGGACACAUUCAAGGAUCUGCCGAAAUUGGGUAGUGCCUGGGAUCAAGCGAAGGUGACCGAGGACGAGGAUGCACAAUUAAACCAAAACGACGACCAGCUCAAUGCGCCGUACGAGCGACAUGAGCUGGCAAGGACAGCGCACGGACGCAGGCAGGAGCUACAGCAGCCGCAACAGGAGGAGAAGUCCGAGGACGAUGAGAAGCAGACCGAGGAACUGGACGAGAAUGCGCCACUGAAUGAGCCAGGCGAACUGGCAGCCAAUGAAGGCGACAGCUUCAUAGCUCAAAAUGCCCGUGAUCCAUUGCGCUAUCUCAUUCAAACAGAGGAGGGCUACAUCAAAAGCGAGGAGGAGCCCAUCGAGCAUCAGCUGCGAACGGACAAGGAGCACAGCGAAAUGCUCAACUACGACCCCUAUCAGCUAAGCAACGAGCACAGUCCGCUACAGAGUCAGCUGGAGCAGUCGAAACGCAUCAAGCGGGAGAACAAUGGGAAAGCAUUCGACGACGACUCGAACGAGAACAACAACGAAAGCUAUCUCAAGAAGCUGAUGGACUCGUUUCCCCGUGAUCAGAACAGCCAGAGCAAUCUCAAUGUGGCCAUCAGGCUGGCAAAACGAACGCAUUUGCGUGUUAAACGAAGUUAAGUUUUCAUAAUUAUUCCGUUUGUUCAAUUGAUCGAUGUGAGUGAAUAUAUAUAUUUUUAUAAUGUGCGAAUAAACAAGUUGGGUCUGGA